UCACAUUCUGCCGCUCAUAUUAAAGACGUGACCAGGAAACACUCAGAGCUCAUCUGAACACACAUCGAGAGCUUCAGAAGAACUGAAUCUACUAACAACAGAGAAGAUCAUUGAAUAAGAGAAGAAUGAAGAUCAUCUGGACUUUCACUCUGCUGAUGAUUCCUGGUGUUGUGAGCUCCAUCAGUGUGACAGGAUAUUCAGGAGGUGGAGUCAGAAUCAAAUGUGCAUAUGAUGAAGGAUAUACAGCAUAUAUAAAGUAUUUUUGUAGAGGAGAAUGGUCAGUGUGUACAGACCGAAUCAAGACUGAAGAGAAAGAUAAAUGGGUUGAUAAUGGAAGAUUCUCUCUGUAUGACGACACAAGAGCAGCAGUUUUUACUGUGAUCAUCAGAGAUCUGAGUGAACAAGAUUCUGACAUCUACUACUGUGGAACUGAAAGAACUGGAUAUGAUUUAUACACUGAAGUGAAUCUGAAUGUUUUAACAGCUGAUUGUUGUGAGAAGAGCAUCAGUCUAUCAGCUGCUGCAGGAGGAUCUGUGAACAUCAGCUGCAAAUACCCACAAUCCCACAGUGCUGAUGUCAAGUUUGUCUGCAGGAGAUCUGGAUCUGAUCUCUGUGCUGAAGAGACGUCUGUGAAGAAGAACAGAAGACGGAGCGCUGAGGGACAGAUCCAGCUGUAUGAUGACAGAGAGCAGCAGCUCCUGACGGGAACCAUCAGUCAUGUGACUCAACAACAUUCAGCUGAAUACUGGUGUGGAGUUCAGUCUGAUCAAGGACACAAGAGCUUCAUCACACGAGUCCUCAUCAGCAUUACUGAAACGUCUUCAUCACCACAGUUAUCAUCACUGUCUUCAUCAUCAUCAUCAUCAUCAUCAUCAUCAUCAUCUUCUUCUUCUUCUUCUUCUUCUUCUUCUUCGUCAUCAUCAUCAUCAUCAGUUGAAUCUCCACAGCAGAGAAUGUGUGUCAGAAACUGAUUUAUUUUACAGGAGUUUGAGAUGUUCAGUAUUUAGUAUUCUGUGAGAACAGAUCAAAUGGAUAUUAAUUAUAAUGUCAGAGGAAAACAGUUUCCUCUAGAUGUGUCUGAUU